AUGACGCCCAAACCCAAAGAAUCCACAGACCCUAACGGAUCCGGCCAUCUCCACGCCAAGCUCGUCAACGAUGCGGAAAGCGUGCUAUGCCAAUUCAGCCUCCCCGUCUGUUCCACCAAACUAAUAGACGAAGUGAUGAACGAAACACUAUCCAUAUCCUCCGGUCCAGCACAAUGGAGCGCCUAUCACCAACUAGUCAACGUCCAACGACUCCAGCUAGAAUCCCUCUUUAAUUGCGUUCUCGGUUUCAGUGGUGCCGCUUGCACCGGAUUGAAGGGAGGAGGAGGAGGAGGACCGGGAACAUAUAGAUCGGCGGCUGUGGUGCGAUCCGACAUUUUAAGGUCUAUCCUUCUUUCUCUCGCCAGUCUCACGUUUCUUCGACUGAGUACGACUAUUACCAUGGCCACGCAUGGCCCGCAUUUGGUCGGUCCAGGUCCGCGGGUGAAUGGCGCUAUAAGUAAAAUGCAAUUGGGCAGCGCGAGGCUUGUCAAUGAUGAGGGGCUGGUGUCACUUAAGGCUGAUUGCGAGCUGAUUGUCAGGCUUAUCACCCAGCUUACUGCUCCGCCUCCUGGGAAGAAGACAGCCAAGUCCGAUUCAGAAUGA